UUUAAGGUAUCAUUUUAUUAUGAUUGUUUUCUUGGACGAAACAUUCCGAGUAGAAAACCGCCGACAAAAGAAAUAGUAAACGAUCUUCGAUUAUGUUCCAGUUCGAAGGCUCGACCCAUAAAAGCAUCGACUUCAUCGAUACAAUAAUUGGUGGCAUUGAAAAUCGGUUCAACGAAGUGUUUGGUGACGUUCCAUUUAAAUCCUAGCGCUAUGAUUAACUCGGAAAGAAUUAGAAAGAUUCCGAUCGCUGUACAAACUGGAGACGAUAAUAUUCUUAUGUUCUCGCCGGUUAUAAAGCCAAAAGUUAUUCCCGUUAUAAUUGCAAUUAUUGAAGGAUAAUUUAAAGAGGUAUCAUUUUCAAUCAUUUUUCAAAACAUAUUGUUUGUUUUCACUUCUAAAAUGUUUGACGUUUAAUAUUGAUGCAUAUCAAAUAUAAAUUGGAUUUUUGAAACAUCGAUAAUGAGGAAAAUUUUUAUAAAUGGAACGUGAAGAUGACUUUCUUGAGAUGUGAGAUAGUGUGUGCGAUUUGUAAUCACGAAGUUUCUGGAAAGUUCUGAAGUUCUUUGGUAAAAUGUUUAAACCGGCGAAGGAUAAUGGGAUAAAAUUCCCCCCAUUUCGAACGAUGGAUGAUUUUGUGCUGGGUUCAGCUCGAUUUCAGAUGCCAAAUUUUAAAGAUAUCGAUAAAUGGGGUUACAGAGUAAAGAAUAAUUUGCUAUAUUAUCAAUCCAAUUAUUUUAUUAUGUCAUUUUUGAUAUUCGCCGCAAUUACAGCUGUGCGUCCAGUUAAAAUGGUAUGCGGUUUUGGUAUUAUCAGCAUUUUUAUUUUAAUAUUGUGGUAUAUUACCAAUGAAAACUCGAGGAUGAUUCGUUUUAAACAGAAUAACCCUAUUGUGGCAACAUUGUUAAUUUUAGGUGGAAUUUAUCUCGUCAUAAAUAAAUUCGACUGUAUGGUGAUGUUGUUUAUCGGUAUUAUAUCCCCAAUUUUAGCAAUAUUAAUUCAUUCUUCUAUACGGUUGAGAAGUGUAAAAAAUAAAUUGGUGAACCAAGCAGAAAAUUGUAAGCUUAUACAAACUCCGAUGGGAUUUUUUCUUAAAGAAUUAGAACUUUGCACAGAUCUGUUUUAGUUGGAAGUGUAAAACCCGACAAUUAAUAAUUACUAAAGAGUGAACUUUAUUAUACUUCAUUUUCUCACAUAAAAAAUUUUACUUUGUA